AUGUCCGCCACAGGAGCCCCCGGAACCUCGCGCGUCGCACCGACCGGCUCGCAGCCCCAACAACGCCCAACCGGCCCCACCGGCGCGCAGCAACAACCCAGCGCGCAACAACAAAUCCACCUCGAGCAAGCAGCCAAAGACGCGCGCAUGCAAGAGCACUGGCUCAAGUGGUCGGGCAUCGCCAACCAAGACCGCACCUACCCGGUGGUCUUCGACAAGUCGCCCGCCGCCGUCACGACCGAGCUCAAGCGCAUGGUGGGGCCGGGCGUCAAGACCGCCGCCGUGCACCGCGUGCUGGGGCUGGACGAGGACGCGCCGGCCGAUGCGGAUCUGGGGACCGUGUUGGUGGGGCUGGUCAGUGCCGCGACUUAUGCGAACUUGGCGGAUACGUUUGGGUUGAGGAGUAUUACCGUCAAGUUGGGCAGUGGCGAGCGCACGGCGUUCGUGCCGGUGGCGAAGUUGGCGGGGGCGGGGAAGGCGAAGGCGGAGGAUUGA